AGAAAUAAUGAAAAACAAAACAAAGAUUUGGAGGGAACUCUACUAAUACAAGAUAAUUUCGAUAAAUUUUUCUAUUUUUACUUUUUUUUUUAUCAUUUAUGUUAGUUAUAGCUACAGAAAAGUCAUAUUAGAAAUAAUCUGCUGACUACAAAAAGGUUAGCACCUAACUCUGUGAAUUGUAUUCUGUCGAUCCGUCUAAAAUUGUUGCUUGAUCUCAGAUCUAAAAUUGAUAAAUACCGAAUACUGAACAUCUGAAAUGCUUGAACUUCAGUAACUGACUGAAUAGAUAUCUGAUCGCUGAAAAUAAGAUGUCAUUUUGAAAUAAAUUUGUUGGAUAAUAUAUUUUUUUCAAAAUGAGUAUCUUUGAUUUAGAAAAAAUGGUGGAAACUGUUGAUAACCUUAGUACUUGCUUAGAUGUAAUGCUAUGUUGUAAAGAAGCUGAAGGAGGGCAAGAAAUAUUAGAAUCUUGUGAUCAAUUGGAUAAUUUGAUUAAAUCAUUUGAUGACCAAAUGAAUGUACUUGAAAAUGCUUUAACAAAAGAAAGAAAUGCUGUUAAACUGUCAGGUCAAAGACAACUUGAAGAACUAAAGAGAAUAGAAGAAAGAUGUGAUUAUAUGAUUGAAAAUAUUCCAAUAAAUCCUUCUAAUACCAAUGAGCUUAAUUAUCAACAUGAAAUAAAAGAUUAUAGAGGUAAUAAUUUACAUAAUGUGACCAACAUAUCAAUGUCACCUGUAUCAACCUGGAAUAAUACUUACUCUCCAAAUGAAACUUCUAUACAUCAUUCUAUCUUUACAAAUAAUACUUCAAUGAGCACAACUAUGAUGGGACAAUCAUCAAAAUCCCAAGUUUAUAAACAAACACCAGAUAUACCACUUCUAAAACCUGUUGACAACAAUGAAAUGGAUACUGUUCCAAAAUACAUGAAAGGUCGUUUAACUUCAUCAAAUGUGAAUGUUGUAAUAAAUAGUAUUAACAUUACAUUAGAAAAUAAAUAUGGUAUCUUACAAAAGUCAAGGACCGCUUUGAAAAAAAAGGAUCUAGAUAUGUAUAAUACAUGGAAAAUUCAACAAAAUAGUGUUGGCCAAGGGCAAUAUUUUGUGACUGCUGUGGAUAUUACUAAAUUUAGUGAAACAAAAGUGGACAAAACAACAUUAAACAUUAUACCAAUUUUAAGACAUUUAAAACGGCUAAAAGAAUCUCGAGUAGGCGGUUCUGUUUAUUAUUUACCUUACUAAAAAAUUUUAAAUUAAAGAAUGAAAAUAUUUAAUUUUAAUUAAACAUUUACUUGGAUUUUUGAUAUCUU